GCCGGAUAAACCCAGUCUACCCUUUUCUCUUUGCGGGUCUCAACUCAGCAAACAAAGCUUUAGCCUUUAGCCAUGGCGUUGCAAUACUGCUUCACAUCAUCAACCUUCAAAUCCCUUAAGCUCGCCGCCCUCCCAUCGCUUUCUCUCUUCAGACCCAUUCCCAAAACCGCGCCUUUACGCCUAAUCCCCCGCCAUUUAUCUCCAUCUUUUCCUCUCCCGCACCUGCUCAGAGCUCUCUCCGUUUCCGCCGUCCAAUCCACCGUCGCAGACGCCCCUACCGCCACCGAGGACAGUAAAGCUGCGAAGCCCCCUCAGUGGAAAGCCGCGAUAGAUUUCAAGUGGAUUAGGGAGAACAAAGAGGCUGUGGCUGUGAAUAUUAAGAACCGAAACUCCAAUGCAAACUUGGAGCUUGUUCUGGAGUUGUAUGAGCGGUUGCUCAAUGUUCAGAAGGAAGUUGAAAGGCUUCGUGCCGAGAGAAAUGCUGUUGCAAACAAGAUGAAAGGCAAACUGGAACCAACCGAGCGCCAAAAGCUCAUAGACGAAGGGAAGAAUUUAAAGGAUGCCCUUGUUAGUCUCGAAGAAGACCUUCUGAAGCUUACUGAUGAGCUUCAGCAAGAAGCCCAGACUAUACCAAAUAUGACACAUCCAGAUGUCCCGUUGGGGGGAGAGGAUUGUUCUACUUUGCGGAAAAUGGUUGGUAAACCUCAUGAGUUUAGCUUCCCGAUAAAGGAUCAUGUACAGCUCGGAAAGGAUUUGGAUUUGUUAGAUUUUGAUGCGGCUGCUGAGGUCAGUGGGUCAAAAUUUUAUUACUUGAAGAAUGAAGCGGUUAUGUUAGAAAUGGCUCUCGUAAACUGGUCUCUCACAGAAGUUAUGAAAAGAGGCUUUACACCGCUGACUACCCCAGAAAUUGUCCGGUCCUCUCUUAUUGAAAAGUGUGGUUUCCAGCCCCGCGGAACUACCACUCAGGUUUACUCCAUUGAGAACACCGAUCAAUGCCUCAUUGGCACUGCAGAGAUUCCGGUGGGGGGGAUUCAUAUGGAUUCCAUACUUCCCGAGUCGUCAUUACCGUUGAAGUACGCGGCUUUCUCCCAUUGCUUCCGCACCGAGGCUGGUGCUGCAGGCACGGCAACGAGGGGUCUUUAUCGAGUUCACCAGUUCAGUAAGGUGGAGAUGUUCAUAUUGUGCCGACCAGAGGAAAGCAAUGCUUAUCACGAAGAGCUUAUUCAAAUUGAAGAAGACCUCUUCACGUCCCUAGGGUUUCAUUUCAGAACAAUGGACAUGGCAUCCGAGGAUCUAGGCGCCCCAGCUUACCGCAAAUUUGACGUGGAGGCAUGGAUGCCUGGUCUGGGCCGGUAUGGUGAGAUUUCCAGUGCGUCAAACUGUACUGACUAUCAGAGCCGCAGACUGGGAAUAAGGUAUCGCCCAGAAUCAUCAUCAUCAUCUGCAAAUUCAAAGAAGGGUAAAAACCUUCCUCCCCCGCAAUUCGUGCACACGCUGAAUGCCACUGCGUGUGCCGUUCCGCGAAUGAUUGUGUGCUUGCUCGAGAAUUAUCAGCAAGAAGAUGGCUCUGUUAUCAUUCCCGAGCCUUUACGCCCUUUCAUGGGUGGCCUUCAGAUAAUCAAACCGAGACUCAAAUAGGAAAGAUUUGAAUCCUGGUUCUUAUUUUUUGCAUUAACAUACUGUAUCCCUUGAUAUAUAGUGUUCUUUUGUUCCCCAUAAUUUUUUUUUUAGAAAAAAAGAAUCUGUAUUUAGCUUGUUCUUGUCACUUACCUGCAAUUUUGUAGAGCACAAGAUUUCUUCUGUGUGAAGCUUGCAAUUUUUCCCAAAUAUUUUAGUGAAAUAUUCCCGGUUCUUAUGAA